AUGGAAUGUCACAGAACAAAGGAGCUAAAAUUGUAUAAUGGCAAAAAAAAAAAGGCAGGCUACCUAAAGGCAGGCUACCUAAAGGCAGGCUACCCAAAAGCAGGCUACCCAAAGGCAGGCCACCCAAAGGCAGGCUACCUAAAGGCAGGCUACCAAAAGGCAGGCUACCUAAAGGCAGGCUACCCAAAAGCAGGCUACCCAAAGGCAGGCUACCCAAAGGCAGGCUACCCAAAGGCAGGCUACCUAAAGGCAGGCUACCCAAAGGCAGGCUAUCCAAAGGCAGGCUACCCAAAAGCAGGCUACCCAAAGGCAGGCUACCCAAAGGCAGGCUACCCAAAGGCAGGCUACCCAAAGGCAAUCCACGAUUGCAAACGAUUGAUGCUGUGA